ACCGCCUAAAAAUAUAUCCAUGGUGUCAAUCAGGUCCGCGCCAUUCACUUGAACCAAAAAGCCGUUGGUGGAGUUCUCAAACAGGUCCGCUACACGUCCUUAUGAACUGAUGAACUUGCAGUGGGUCAGUCAUUCAGCGUUCUACUUUUUCAUCCGUGUUGCACUAAAGUUAGAAAGUUAUCAUCAUGCCUGAGCCAGCGAAGUCUGCACCCAAGAAGGGAGCCAAGAAGUCCGUUGCCAAGCCGGCGGGUAAGGCCGGGAAGAAGCGCAGGAGGACUAGGAGGGAGAGUUUCGCCAUCUACGUCCACAAGGUCCUGAAGCAGGUUCACCCCGACACCGGCAUCUCCUCCAAGGCGAUGGGCAUCAUGAACUCCUUCGUGAACGACAUCUUUGAGCGUAUCGCGGCCGAGUCUUCCCGCCUGGCCCACUACAACAAGCGCCGCACCGUCUCCUCCCGGGAGAUCCAGACCGCAGUGCGUCUGCUUCUGCCCGGUGAGCUGGCCAAGCACGCCGUGUCCGAGGGCACCAAGGCCGUGACUAAGUACACCAGCGCCAAGUAGGCUGUCAGCGCAGCCCGCUCAAACCCAACGGCUCUUUUAAGAGCCACCCA